UCCCGUCAGAAAAAGAAAUGAGAACGUGACGCCAUAAACUUUAAAAUCGAAAGCAAUUUAAUUUUACGUUUAAAAUCUGUCGGCAACGCGAAUAAUAUCAAAUAACCAGUAAUUUAUUAGUUUUUGUUCCUGAAACGGAAAACGAUCGGCCAAAAAGUUUGCGGAUCCACAUGUAAAAGUUGUUUUGACAGCUGUCUCGUCAGAUCGAGUGCCACUAGCGGGAAGCUCGGGUAACUACACAACUGCGUCAACAGCGGUACUUUCCAGGGGAAAGUGAAAGAAAACCAGCAGCGGAAGAAGGGGUCUCGUCUUGUUGGACACACUGUUUAAUAGAUCCCCUUCAUCGCAGAUGCAUGCAGCAGGCCGCAAGAGAAAACGAAUAGAAACCUUCGGCGUCAAUAAAAAGUACAGGGGAGUACGUCAGUCUGUUGGUUUCUGUCUCGGCUUCUUCCUCGCAAGAAGAGGGGUAUUCGGGGAUGUUGCCUGUGCUCCCCCCUCCGGUGCUGGAGAAGGUGUUUGUGAACGUUCCGCACAAGGAGGUGGUGUGCGUGUGUCGGCUGGUGUGCCGGGAGUGGAAGGAGGUGGCCGACAGCGCCGCCUUGUGGCGGGAGAGGUGCAGGCGGGACAGGUUUCGGCCCCACGACAUCACCAGACCCCCCACUGACUGGCGGCUCUUUUACUUCCUGUGCAAAAACAGGCGGAACCUGCUAAAGAACCCCAGCGCUGAUGAGGAAUUCAACGGAUGGCAGAUUUUGGAGAACUGGCGCGAUGAGUGGCGCAUAGAGCCUUUAUCUGAGCCUCCUGACGGAACGGCCACUAAGUAUUUUGCUACUUCCUACGAACCCUGUAAGAAGUACCAGCUAAUAGACCUGGUGAAGGAGGGAUACAGUCAGUCGUUCAUGGAUGAGAUUCAGCCUGAUAUUGUCAUAUCUGACUGGUAUGCACCCCGCUGGGACUGUGGAAGCAUGUAUGAGAUUUGUGUGGAGCUGCUUAGCCGAAACAAGAAGGUCAUCCGUAAGUUCUGUCCAGAACCCGUCGUCUAUGAGCAGUGGAAUGACCAGAAGUGGCAACAGAUGACCCACGUGUUCCGGGACUACGGGCAGGGCGUGCGUUUUGUCCGGUUCUGUCACGGGGGGAAGGACACGCAGUUCUGGAAGGGCUGGUUUGGGAUCCGGGUCACCAAAAGCAGCGUGGAGAUCUGCCCCUCAGCGCCUGUCUGAGUUUGGGCCACGCCACAGGCUCGAUUCCCUGGUUGGACACUCUUGAGCCUGUCACUGAACCUGCACAGCUUCAGUAUAUAUAUCCACCUGUAUAAAUGGAUGCGAUGUAAAUGCUAUGUAAAAAGUAGUGUAAGUCACUCUGGAUAAGAGCGUCUGCUAAAUGCCUGUAAUGUCUGAAAGACUGCAAGGUCACAGUGGUCCAGUGCACUUUGGUGAGGAACCAUCAGUAAUUAUGAAGGGAGAAAAGUAUACUGUAUGAAUAUCUGUAUUAUGAACAUGAAAGAAUUAGUAUGAAAGAAUGUGCUUUUCAAUCACCAAUUUCAUCUGUUUAUUUCAUACACCUUUUUAAGUAGGUUUUUAAAAAGCUGCUUAUGUUUGUAUUUAUCUUUGAUAAAAUGCAUCAUUAAGAAUUUCAUACAGGUUUUUUUUAUCAUGAUGCAAAUGAUUUGAGUUGUCCUGUUCAUGUAAGUGAUGACAUCUGUUUAUUAGUAUGUUAUCUGACGACCUUCAGCAUGAAGACAGUGAAUAUAUGUGCUUGUCUUCUCUCCCACUCUGGUGGACUGAUUGUGUUCAGGCCCCGAUUUGUCCUGGAAUAAGCACCUUUUCAGGUUUCUUUUUCCAGACAAGUGAUUGGCUGAUGGUUCUCACAUGGGGAUUAAAGGCCUGUCUUGUGCAGUCAUUCAUUAGCUUAUAUUGCAGAUAACAGUCAGCAUGAAAGAUUUUGGGCUAAUUAAUUAAUCAUGAGCAAAAGAAACACCCCCCUGAUUAAGCUAUUAAAAUCUGUAAAAAAAAAAAAAAAUAUUGGGCCUUGAUGACAACCAAAACCAAAAAAUGAGAUACCAUCUAUUUUCCCCAGGGUGCGCAGGAACUGCCGCCGUGGGCUAUGCAUGGCAAACUGUGGUCACUCACUCACUCACGGACGACCUUUGAGGGACGUUUUGUGGGACGCGCAGGUGGUGCCAGCUAAAAUGUGCCUGCGGAAGUGAGUUGCGCCGUGGGUCUGGACGGUUAUGUGCUUGUUAAUGUAACUCAUUGGAAUGAUAUAUUUUACGCGCUUCUUAAAUUUGGAGAAUUUGUACUGGAAAGAAUACGAUUUGAUAUGUUUUUUCCCCUUUAAAACAGAUGGUAUUCAUCAAAAUGUAUCAAAACAUGUUUUCAUAAUAGUAAGCCCACAACCCUGCUCAGGAUAAGCGGGUAUAGAUAAUGGAUGGAUGGAUGGAUAAUAGUAAGUGCUUAAAGAAAGCAAAUAGUUGGUGAAGUGUGGCCAAUCUUCUUGGCGCCUUAACAGUUAAAAGAAUUUGGCUUGAGAGUGUUUACCACCAGGGGUCCCCAGUGAGUCACUUGGUAGCGCUGGAUGUCUGAAACAAGGUGGGUAGGGGUCAGAUGUGUUCAACUGCACAACCAAAGAAGAGGUCAAUGAGUGUUUUUUUUUUAACUCAAUUUCCUUGCCGGGUGUGGAUAAAUAGUAAUCUUUAUGCUCAAUAGAGUUUGUAACCCCAGAAUGCAAUGUACUUGCGAGUCAGACCUGUGUACUUCCCUGAAAAUCAAACUGGGGCGAAGAAGGUGAAGAAGAGAGUUGUUUGAAGACAGUCCUACUUCUAUCCUAUUCAGCUCUGUGUUCAGCUGUGUUCAGCGUUCUGCAGUGUUAUUUCAGCCCAUUCAAGCAUCGAGUGUCUGCUCACUG